GUGAGUCCGCUCCGGGCACGUGAGAACGAUGGCGAACCAACUCGAGCUUACGGCUGCCGAUGAAAGAUUAAUUGUGGAAAAUUAUUUAAACAACCGAACCAUGCAAUUUGACAUCCUCUCAUCGACGGUGAAAAGUUUACAGGAGCAAAGAACAGGAUAUCUUGGAGAUCAUUUCCUGCUGUCACUUACCAUAUUACUGAGUACGGAAAAUUUCGAACGCACCGAGCACAAAGUGGAACUGUUCGUGAAGGCAUUGCCAACAUCCAUUCCCAAGCUGAAGAAAUAUCUGGAGGAAAUGAGAGCGUUCUCAAAAGAAGCUGAACUUUUUCGUCAGUUGAUCCCGAAUCUUUCGGAAUACGGAAGAUUCUGCCCGGAGGCUGUUUUCGUAAAGGAUCAUCUAAUCGUAUUCAAGAAUGUCAGUAUCGAUGGUUUCCGUGUUGUGGAACAGAACGGUGGGUUAUUAGAUUUGGUACAUUUGGAAAAAGCUCUUAAGACGCUAGCAAACCUUCAUGCGGCGAGUUUCGCACUGGAAUCCAAACAAGGCAAACCCAUAGUCGACCAGUAUCCUGGGUUGUUGGAUGAAAAUGCUUGGAAGCUUCAAGAGGAUUAUCCUCGAGUGGCCGAACUGGAAAGUAAUAUAGACAUGAUGUGUGAAAUUGUGAAUCAUUCGGAGAAUAACUGGAACCGAUGUGACGCACUGGUGAUGCAAAUGCCAAAUUGUGUGCGAGAAAUUUAUGAAAUGGUGAAAACAUCCCCCGUUUACCGGAAUGUUUUCAGUCAUGGUGAUCUAUGGAAUAAUAAUGUAAUGUUUCGAUACUCGGAAUCCGGUGCUCCGGUGGAUAGCUUACUGCUGGACUACCAACUAUCGCGAUACGUACCACCAGCUUACGAUUUCAAUAUGUUGAUCACGCUGACCACGACUAGUGACUUCCGGAGAAAACAUUACACGUUUCUCCAAGGAUACUAUUACCAAUCACUUCGGACGGCGCUGUGUCGUCAUCAGCUAACAGUUGAGCAAAUGUUGUCACAAGAUGAAUUUCGAGAAUCCUGUCAACACUACCGGAAAGCAGCAGCGAUUGACAACUUCGUGAUUAAUCACAUUACUUUGUUACCGAAGAGAGUUUUGGAUGACGUUUUUCGUACAGCAGAAAGUUAUGCAGAAUUUGGUGGAGAAGCUAAAGUUAAGAAAAUUUUGAAAACAUUCGACGAAGAUCUGGGCUACCGCACUCGUAUGAUUGAUAUUAUUGAAAAUCUGGUGGAAGUUUUUAGACUUUUGUGAAAACAGAAUAUUUUUAAGUGUACUGAACAAGCAUUAUAACUAUUUUAGAAUAAAGAUUACCUUAUUACUUUUUUUA